UUUUUUCGAGUGAGAGCAAAAGGGCGCAGUUUAUGGAUUGUAACCAACACUAAGCUUCACUCUCCGCGGCGCUUCCCAACUACUUCCCAUUCCCUUUCUUCCCCAAACCUCUUUCAAUUUCAUUCUCUUAACUCAAAUCAAUUAGGGUUCUCUCUCUUUUUUACUUCGAAAUCGUGAAGUAAGUUUUGAAAGGAACGGUUUCGUGUUGAUGUUAUGCCGCCUGGACGAAGAAAAGGCGCCAAGAAAUCAACGGCCACGGCUGGUUCUUCCCGGUCCCGGUCCCGGUCCCGCCGGCAAUGGAACAUCGGCGAUCUCGUUCUUGCCAAGGUUAAAGGCUUCCCUGCUUGGCCUGCAACGGUAGGUGAGCCGGGAAAAUUGAAAUGGGUCCGCCCAAUAACUGCAUCUGAUCUGAAGAAAGUAUUUGUUCACUUCUUUGGAACCACCCAAGUUGCUUUCUGCAAUCCUGCUGAUAUUGAGGAAUUUACUGAAGAGAAGAAACAGUAUCUUGUCGAACAGUAUCUCAGAAAACGCCAAGGAAAGAGUGCUGAACUUGUUCGUGCCGUAACAGAGAUUAUUGAAAUUUACGAAGAAAGAUGUAAUGGAGUUGAUGAAACCAGCUCUGCUGGUGAAGAUUCUAAUGCAGAUGAGGUAAAUUCACCUGACCUGUCUGUCAACUCAGGGUUCAGGGAUCAGGUGGAUACUCCUUGGGAAAUCAAUUCACAAAUGAAACCAUCAAAUUCUGUGACCGGCAAACAUGAGCUAGUUUAUGCAUCCGAGGACGACUUAGUUGUUGCACGAAGGGGUGAAUCUUAUAUUAUUCAAAAGGCCACUGCUGAUGCUGUUGCAACUGCAACUGUAAAAUCACCUUUUCCAGUGAAACAGGAGCACGAACCAGUUCAAAGGUCCCAAAGCUCUUCACAGAUCCAAAACUCUGUUGCACGUCGUAGUGAUGGUGUAAAGAAUGGUGGCAAUAAUGAUGGCAACAUACCAUCUGACACAACUAAUAAUAAAUCUAUUAGAAGGAUUAAGCAUAUCAGGAAAUCACCUGACCUUUUUGGCUGUAAUGAUACCGAUUCAUCUGCAUUUGCUUCAAAUGUUAGCAUGGAGGGAAAUGGUUCUGAUAUUGUUACAAUCAAUUCUGAUGUCUGUAGCUUAAAUGAGGGAAGUACAAUAUGUUCUAAUUUAAAACUUGAACAAUCUGAGAUUAUUGAGUGCUCCGAAUAUGUUGGGUUAAACAAAGUCCUUAGUCAUGAAGUGAAGGCUGUAAUUGGUAAAAAGAAAAGAAAACCAAACAGGAGGAGGAAAAUCAAUAAUGCUGGUGCUCAGAAUGCCAAUCAAAGUUUGCAGAAUAUGUCUGAAAGUCCGAAAGAGAGAUGCUCCAACCAAGAUGGAGAUGAACACUUACCCCUGUUUAAGCGGCGCAGAGUUAGAAUGGCUAUUAAUUCAUCAUUCACGGAGGAAGAACACAAUCAAAUUGCACAAGUACAAGAGAAAAGCAGCAAGGAAGUUAUUAUUGACUCCUCAUUGCAGAUAAUCGCAUCCUCAAAUUGUGAAAACAGUUGCUUUGCUGAUGGAGACUCAUCAGCAUCGAAUCGAGUUUUGGUCAAUGUUUCUCGUAAGUUACUAGCUCCCUGUUCUGAAAAUGGGUCAAAAGCUUCCGAAGUUAAGAAAGACCAAUCAUUUGGCUCCUCUGUGGAUGAUGAAUCUUCUUUACCUCCAUCUAAACGAGUCCAGCGUGCCUUAAAAGCAAUGUAUGCCAAUGCUGCUGAAGAAGCAACUUGUAUUGAAUCAUCACCCUCUAUAAUGACAUCAAGUGGUAGAAGCUGUAUAUCCGCAACCAAGAGAUGUUCCUGUGGCAAUGAUUGUUCUGAUAACCGCUUGUGUAAUUUAUCAACCUGCUCAAAUCCAAUGAUUUUAACACAGGAUAAUACGUCUUUUGAAGAGGACAAGACCAAGUCUCAAUUGCACAAAUCUGGCAAGGAUGUCAUCCCAGGUGCUGGACACCAAAGUAGUGAAGAUCUCAGUGAUUCUGGGGUUUGUGUGUCUGCUAAAAUAGAUUCAAAAGUUCUGAUGCAUGAAAAACUUUCACCUAAUCUUGAUGUGAAAUGUUGUCUAGUUGGAAGCAAUAAAGAUUCACUAGGUUUAUUAGUACCCCCAAAGGCUGAUGAAAGUAUCAGGCCUGUGAUCCAUUCAAAUGCAUCUGAUACAUUAGAUCAUCGUGGAAUAAAUCUUGAUCCUGUGGCGGGUCCCAAUGAAAGUGCCAAAUUGUUAUGUCAAAAGAGUAUCAACAUGCCUCAGAAUUUGACGGUUGUUUGCGAGGAUAUGAAGGGAACAGCUGGCGACCGAAGUAAAAUCAAUGACACGCAUGUGGUUGUGGAAGAGGUAAAAUUUGAAAGACAACAGGAGGAUAUGAUUUCUCUAUCAAUAUCCAAUGAUUGUUCACGGGAAAAGGGUGGUUUGGGCAUUCCGGCAAGCUCAUCAAUGACUGACGGAGGAGUUUGCCUUCCACAAGGCUCACCUCCAAAUACAUCAGUUCGCCAUAUUUCUACAUCAGACAGUAGUAAUAUUCAUCAAAAUGGAAGUUGUAGCCCUGAUGUACUCCAGAAGAACAUCUUAUCUGGUCCUAUUGAUGGACGGAAAGAUGGGGUGGAAGCAAAUCAACAACCAAGAUCUACAGGCAAGUCAACUGAAGCGGGAGAUGCUGCUUUGUUAUACUUCGAAGCAAUGCUUGCGACAUUGACAAGGACAAAGGAAAAUAUUGGUCGAGCAACACGCAUAGCUAUUGACUGUGCAAAGUUUGGCAUUGCAACAAAGGUGGUGGAAAGUCUUGUCCACAGUCUGGAAAAUGAGCCAAUCCUUAGUCGAAGAGUGGAUCUGUUUUUCCUUGUUGACUCGAUUGUUCAAUCUUCUCGAGGUUCAAAAGGAGAUGCUGGUGGAGUAUAUCCAUCUGCUAUGCAAGCAUUCCUGCCACGCCUAUUGUCUGCUGCUGCCCCUCCUGGAAAUACCGCACAAGAAAAUCGAAAGCAGUGUCUUAAGGUGUUAAGGCUGUGGUUAGAGAGAAGAAUCCUACCAGAACCCAUUAUUAACCAUCACAUCCGGGAACUGAAUUCAUAUAGCAGUUCAGCUUCUGCAAGUGUUCACUCGCAGCGUUUGUUGAGAACAGACAGGGCUUUAGAUGAUCCUAUAAGAGAAAUGGAGGGUAUGCUUGUUGAUGAAUAUGGAAGCAAUUCAAGUUUUCAGUUAUCUGCAUUACACAUGCCCUGUAUGGUUGAAGAUGGAGGGAGUGAUUCUGAUGGAGGGAACUUCCAGGCUGUCGCGCCUCAACGUGAGUCUGAAGCAUAUGAAGUACAAGAAGUGUCUCAUGCAUUUGAAAAGCAUAGGCAUGUGUUGGAAGAUGUUGAGGGAGAGCUUGAAAUGGAAGAUGUGGCACCUUCUUUAGAUGUGGAAUUGAAUUCGAUUUGUAAUGUUUAUGGAGGAAAUGCAUCACAGCUUGAUAAGAAACUUCCUCUGUCCUUUGCUCCUCAUUUUUCACAAGAUGUGCCAUCGUUUUCCCCACAUCCACCAUCAUACGCUCCCCCACCACCACCUCCUCCUCCUCCACCACCAUCCCCACCAACAAUGCAUCUCAUGUCAGCUACCUCCGAUCAAUAUCGCACUGCAGCCGAUUCAAAAGCUUUUUCAGAUUCACAGACAGUGCAUGGCAAAACAUUUCAUUCUCUGGCUCAGCCCUUAGCUGCACCAAGAAAUAGUCGACCUAUGGAUGCAAUGCAGUUUCAAAUCCCAAAAUGUAGAGACGUGCAGAUGAAAAUUACAGAGUCUACUUGCUAUUCUAACAGUUAUCCUGUACGGCCACCAGAAAAUUCUAGGAGUGCUGAUGGUUUUGCUGUGCAUAAUAAAGGUUACAUACUACGGCCACCGCACCGCGUGCCAUCGGAUCAGUUUUCUUUUGUUCAUGCAGAGAAUCGUCAGAAGUCCCAGAGGGAGGUUCCACCACCCCCUUCAUACUCCAAUAGACACCACUCGGUGCAGAAUCUCAAGAGGGAAAACUUCUAUAACAAUCAGGAGAGAGAUGGAAUGAGAUACAAUACUCGUGCACCAAGUGAAGAGAGAUGGAAUACUCGUGCACCACAUGAAGAUCGAUGGAAUUCCCGUGCACCAAGUGAAGAUAGAUGGAAUACUCGUGCACCAAGUGAAGAUAGAUGGAAUUCUCGUGCACCGAGUGAAGAGAGAUGGAAUACUCGUGCACCAAGUGAAGAUAGAUGGAAUACUCGUGCACCGAGUGAAGAGAGAUGGAAUACUCGUGCACCAAGUGAAGAUAGAUGGAAUACUCGUGCGCCACAUGAAGAGAGAUGGAAUACUCGUGCAGCGUAUUCUGGUGUGCUUGCCCCUUAUGGUUGUCAUCCAAGUGAAUCAACAAGAUCGCGAGGUCAUGGUUGGAGACUUCCUUCCCCAUCAAUGAAUUACAGAUACUCCAUGCCUUUUAGACAUCACUUCGAUGAUGCAAUUCCAGCAGCAAACCGAGAAAGCAAAACCGAAAAAAUAGUAACAAAAAAUCACCACAUCUUCAACAACCAAAAAUCACCAAACAAAGAAAUGGGUGCUUCACAUUCGGUCUCUGAAAAUUCAAUCCAUGAAUUCACAGUUAAGGAUGCAAGGGGAAAAGAUGUGAACCUAAGCACUUACAAAGGGAAAGUGAUUAUUGUAGUUAACGUUGCUUCGAAAUGUGGAUUUACGAAUGUCAAUUAUACCCAGUUAACUGAGCUUUACAGCAGAUACAGGGAUAAAGGACUUGAGAUAUUGGCUUUUCCAUGCAAUCAGUUUUUGAAUCAAGAGCCGGGGAAUAGUCUGGAGGCAGAGCAAUUUGCCUGCACAAGAUUCAAAGCCGAGUAUCCAAUUUUCGGAAAGAUACGUGUGAAUGGACCCGACACAGCACCUCUCUACAAAUUCCUUAAAGAAAAGAAAUCUGGUUUUCUGGGGUCUAGGAUAAAGUGGAACUUCACCAAGUUUUUGGUUGACAAGGAAGGGCAUGUGCUCCAGCGUUACAGUCCAACCACCUCACCAUUUUCCAUAGAAAAUGACAUCAAGAAGGCAUUGGGAGAGACUUGAAAGGAUCUACAAUCCCUUCAAAUUAUUGCGGGUGCAGAAGAUGAUUAAAAACAAAAUGAAUGUAUAUUUGGUAGAUGUUUCUUUUAGUGAUUAUUUAUUGCAUAUGUUAUGUCUAGAGGUUUUGUUUGGCUCUAACUGUUGUAUCAAAAUUCUCUUUUGGCCUUGUGAUAUAAUUCAUUAUUUAAAAGAGUUGAUUAGUGCUCUGUGAUUGUUCUGUUUUGAGCUGUUAUUUGUUUAUAUAAACGCAUAAAUAGGAAUGUGUAUUACAUUUGGCUGGUAAAUGCAAUAGCUAUGUUUUCUCUUUUUCUCA